CUGCCGCCGGCCGCCUAGCUCCGCCGGGAGCUGCCGCCGCGUCUCCCUGGCCCUCCGCCCGCCCAGCCCCGCCCGGACCAUGGCCUCCGAGGUGGCGCGGCACCUGCUCUAUCAGUCUCACCUGGCGACAAACACAGCUUGUAUGUCCUCAUCAGUAUCUGACAAUGAGCAGAAACAAAAAAAAGAAAACACUCGUUCUUUAACCAUGUCUGGUCAUGUUGGUUUUGAGAGCUUGCCUGAUCAGCUGGUCAAUCGAUCAAUCCAGCAGGGCUUCUGCUUUAACAUCCUCUGUGUGGGGGAGUCUGGAAUCGGAAAAUCAACGCUGAUUGACACAUUGUUUAAUACGAAUUUUGAAGACCAUGAAUCCUCCCAUUUUUACCCACAUGUUAGACUUAAAGCUCAGACAUAUGAUCUCCAGGAAAGUAACGUUCGAUUGAAACUGACAAUUGUGAAUACGGUGGGAUUUGGGGACCAAAUAAACAAAGAAGAGAGUUACCAGCCAAUUGUGGACUACAUAGACGCUCAGUUCGAGGCCUAUCUCCAGGAGGAACUGAAGAUCCAGCGCUCUCUCUUUAAUUAUCAUGACUCCCGCAUCCAUGUGUGUCUCUACUUCAUCUCACCCACGGGCCACUCCCUGAAGACCCUUGACCUCCUGACCAUGAAGAGCCUUGACAGCAAGGUGAACAUUAUACCAGUGAUUGCCAAAGCAGAUGCCAUUUCUAAAACCGAAUUACAGAAGUUUAAGAUCAAGCUCAUGAGUGAACUGGUCAGCAAUGGUGUUCAGAUAUACCAGUUCCCAACAGAUGAUGAAACUAUUGCCAAAAUCAAUGCUUCCAUGAAUGGACAAUUGCCAUUUGCCGUGGUUGGAAGUAUGGACGAGGUGAAAGUGGGCAAUAAGAUGGUCAAAGCGCGCCAGUACCCUUGGGGCGUCGUGCAAGUGGAAAAUGAAAACCACUGUGACUUUGUCAAGCUCCGGGAGAUGCUCAUCUGCACGAACAUGGAGGACCUGCGAGACCAGACCCACACGCGGCACUAUGAGCUGUACAGGCGCUGCCGGCUGGAGGAGAUGGGCUUCGCCGACAUGGGCCCAGAGAGUAAGCCGCGCAGUCUGCAGGAGACCUACGAAGCCAAAAGGCACGAAUUUUACGGUGAACGUCAGAGGAAAGAGGAAGAAAUGAAGCAGGUGUUCGUGCAGCGUGUGAAGGAGAAAGAAGCUGUGUUGAAAGAAGCUGAAAGAGAGCUGCAGGCCAAAUUUGAGCACUUGAAGAGGGUCCACCAGGAGGAGAAGAUGAAGCUUGAGGAAAAGAGAAGACUCCUGGAGGAGGAAAUCAUCGCUUUCUCCAAGAAGAAAGCUACCUCCGAGAUUUACCAGAACCAGCCCUACGGGGCCCCAGGUGGCAACCCCAGGAGGGACAAGGACCGAAAGAAGGAACGAGGCUAUCGAUUCGAAUUCCUGUGCUUUGAUGUCAGAGGCCGUGAGAUGAGUGGCGGACAUAAAGACGCAGAGGAGGGAGAGUAGACCGCGGGAGGCCUGGCUAGCAGGCAGAGGGUGAUCCCGAGGCUUCUAGGUCUGGGGUACGUGUUAAAGGCAGUGUAAGCAAAGUCUUAGAAAAUAAAGUUUUUUUCCCUUCAUAUUUUUUUACUUUAUCUCUCCCACUUAAUGUCCUUAUCACCUUGCCUGUCGGACUGCAAGCUCUGUUGAGAUCGCCACUUCACGGGUCUUAGUUGCAGUCCACCCCGCCUGCCACGUGGGCAGCUCUGGCUCUCCCAGGCAGCCCUCAGGUUUCCUUUGUCACCUCCUUUUUCAAACCAGUAUUUUCACAAUAUCGGAAGUUACCUUUAAAGAGCUGGGAAUACAUUGCCCAUGGUAGUUUUCCAUUUUUCAGCUACUUAAAACGAAAUCCACAGGGACUGGGGGGACUUUACGAUUUGGGGAGAAGCAAGAAGGAAUUCUCAUGUGCGAUCUUUUAACAUAAACUCCGCCAACCAGUGGGUCUCUGUUUGGUCUGCGGAUGUAUUCACCCCCAGAGCCCUGAGCAGUGCCUGAUACCCAAAGGAAAUGCAGUUAUUUAUGGAAAAUACGAAGACACCGAAUUUCAAAAGAAAACCAUCCUCCAGGACCCACCAAAGAUACCAAAAUCCACAGAUGCUCAAGUCCCACAUAUGAAACAGCACAGCAUAGACCCUAUGCACAUUUUCCUGUAAAUCAUCUCCAGGUUACUUAUAAUACCUAAUAUAACACAAAUGCCAGGUAAAUUGUUGCCAAGCAGCAAUUUCAAGUUGCUUUUGGAAAUUCUGAAACUUUCUUCCAGGUAUUUUCAAUCUGCAGUGGGUUGAAUCCUUAAACAACCCUCAGAUCCAGAGGGCCAACUGUAUACAUAUCAUUUAUGACUUCUUUCCUGUGGGUGGUGAAGCUGAGGGCCCUUGACCUUUCCCUCCUCCCACGUGGUCCAGCGCUGCUAGACCUGGACUCCCCAACAUUACUCCACAUGUGAAAGGCCAUUGGCGGUCACCUUGUAGAAAGCAAGGUGUGGGCUGCUUAUAAAAUCAGGGCUAAGCCCAGAGAAUUUUGAGAGCUCAAAAAAACUUACCCUCAAGGAAGUUUGAUUGCUCUUCUUUUCCAGAGUCCCAUGGCUAGCUAUCCUAGCGCAUACUAGAUGUACAUUUGCUUUGUGUAAAAGCUUUGUAAACCCACUCAUUCUAGUGAUUUUUAUUUCCUCUCUUCUUUUAAUU